CAUCACGGCUCACAAGAGCAACAUCCUGUAGAGAAAUACACGUCUCACUCAAGUUGACAAACAAUCGUGUAACCGUAUGGCAGUCUGUGAACAGUGAAAAUUUCCUAAUAAGACAAGAAGUGUAUCCGAGGAACACUUGAAAGUUGAGACACAUACAGACUUUGUUGCCAAAAUGAGAACGUUGUUGGUGGUAGUUCUGGGACUGAGCCUUUACUCAGGAAUUAUCUGUCCACCAGUGCAAACUCAGCCAGAGGAAGGGGGAAGUGAUACUGAUGAUGAAGACACAGGUUUGGAAUAUGAUCGUUACCUGAAAGAGAUUAUUAUGGCACUUGAGGAGGAUCCCAGCUUUAGGAAGAAGCUAGAGGAGGCAAAUGUUACAGAUAUCAAAAGUGGAAAAAUUGCGUCCCAUCUUAACAUGGUAGCACACAACAUCAGAGAAAGGUUAGAUGAAAUUAAGAGAAGGGAAAUCAGCCGACUAAAAACGUUGGCUCGUGAAAAGAUGAAGACCAUGCACGGUACGCAAAUAUUGAAAUACAUUGCUCAAUUUGGAGGAAUCCAGAAGAUGGAUGGUGGGUCUCAUCACGUUGAUACUGACAAUCACCAUUCCUUUGAAGUGUCCGAUUUAGAAAAACUUAUAUUAAAGGCUACACAAGAUUUAGAAGCCAUUGAUAAAAAGAGGAGAGAGGAGUUCAAAACUUACGAAAUGGCAAAGGAACAUGAGCGACAGGAUCAUUUAAAAAAUAUGUCAGAAGAGGAGAGGAAAAAGGAAGAAGAGCAAUACGAAGAAUUGCAGAAAAAGCAUAAAGAUCAUCCGAAAAUGCACCACCCUGGCAGCAAAAAACAGCUGGAGGAGGUGUGGCAGAAUACUGAUCACCUUGACCCAGACUCAUUUGAACCCAAGACCUUCUUCAAAUUCCAUGAUAUUGAUGGAAACGGUUUUUUGGAUGAAGAUGAAGUGGAGGCACUCUUCCAGAAAGAGCUUGACCGUGUGUAUGAUGAAAAUGCACCAGAGGAUGAUAUGACCGAGCGAUACGAGGAGAUGGCACGCAUGAGGGAGCAUGUUGUGACUGAAAUUGAUGCCGACAAGGACAAGUUGGUGUCCCUUGAGGAGUUCUUGAAAUACACACAUGGCGAUGACUUCAAAAAGGAUGAGGGCUGGGAGUCUUUGGAUGAGCAGGAUCCAUACACCGAUGAAGAAUACCAGGAGUAUGAGAGGAUGCUUAGGGAGGAAGAGGAAAUGAGGAGAAGACAAGGAACUUUUGAUAACCAUGCUCAGCCUGGAGUAGUGAUGCAUCCUCCACAACACGCCAAUGUACAGGAAAUGGAGAUGCCACAGCAAGUUCCACAACAUCAACAGCAGCAGUUCAUGCAGCAGCAACAACAGAUGCAAGGAAUGCCACAACAGGGAAUGCCACAGCAUAUGCAAGGAAUGCCACAACAAGGAAUGCCACAGCAACACAUGCAGGGAAUACCACAACAAGGAAUGCCACAGCAACACAUGCAGGGAAUGCCACAGCAACAUGGAAUCAUGCCACAACAGCAACAACAGCACAUGCAGGGUGUGCCACAGCAGCAACAACAGCACAUGCAGGGCAUGCCACAACAACACCAGCAACAACCUGUGCAGGGACUGCCACAACAACACCAGCAACAACCUGUGCAGGGACUGCCACAACGGGCAGCUGCUCAUAUGGAUGCAUCACAACAAGCACAACAGGGUAUGCCAGCUGAUAUGAGCAAGGCUAUAAAUGAUCUACAAAAUCAGGCAAGCAAUAUGAUGAACCAAGCACAGCAACAAGCAAACCAGGCACAGCGUCAGAAGGCAUUGGAGGACCAGGCCAAGCAAGCACAAGAAACAGCUGGUGGACAACCUUUAGUGGCAGGAGGUGGUCAGGCACCAGUACAGGCUAACCAAGCUGAACAACAAGCCCAGGCAGGACAGCAAGCCCAACAGCCGAUCCAGGCCCAGCAGCCAGACCAGGCCAAGCCAAUACACUGAUCAAGUGUAAUAUGAUCAAUGGGUACAAGGAUGAUCAACUAACAACUUAAUCUUUAUGAAUUAUUCGUGCUAAGUAAUCCCAAAUUAAAUCAAUUUUCAAAUGUUUAUUUUUACAUCCGAAUUUAUUUUAAGAUAUUUUGUCUUGUCAUAAUCUCUUAAUUAGGGGUAGUUCAGUAAUUUUUAGCUCACCUGGUACGAAGGAUGUUGGGAUGAAGGUAUUUUGACUAAAUUUGAACAGUAGCAUCCUAUGGGGAAGGGAAAUCAUUUUUGUAUAAAUUCUUGGUUUGAACCCCCUAGGGGGGAGAGUGUAGGGGCCAAAUAGGGAAAAUACAAAAAAAUAAUAAUUAAAAUCCUUGUUCUUCUGCAGGAAUGACAAGAUUAUGUCCAUAUUUGAUGUAAAGCAUCCUUGGGUGAAGGAGAGCUAAUUUUAUAUCAAUUCUUGAAAAUUCCUUUUUGACACUCCUAUUUCAAUUUAAAUUUUGCUAAUAUUUCCAGGUGAGCGAUACAGGCCCUCUGGGCCUCUUGUUUAUGACAUAAUUA